AUGGAGGUGCCAUAUGUCCUUCUCUUAACUAGACUUGUAGCAGAAGUUGCCAGCAAAUCUACUGAAAGUUCGGUUUCAGAAACAGAAUGCUGUGUGGAUAUGUUGGAUUCAAACAGUUCCUGUCCAGUAACCAACCAGUGCAGUCCAGGUUGUUACAGACGAUGGAAUGAGGAUGGUAGUAGCAGCUGCAUUAAAUGCAAAAAUGAGACCCUUCCUGUUUCAUCUGUUUACAAUCUGACUGAAUGCAGAAAUACUGGUAUCAGAGGAAUGAAUUUCCAAAUGAAUAUAAGCACCGUAACUCCUUUUGUACAGAACAUAGGGGGCCCAGAAGUGGCAGCCUCUCUCAUCUUAGGGACGUUUUUCAUCAGUUUAUUCCUGAUUCUGUCUGUUGCUUCUUUCUUCUACCUCAAACGUGCCAAUAAACUUCCUAAUGUUUUCUACAGAAGAAACAAAGCAUCUGUUCUCCAGCCUAGUGAAACAGCAUCCAUGAUACCUCCCCCAGCUUCUUCAGUUCGGAAGCCACGAUAUGUCAGACGAGAACGGUCACUAGUGACGUCUGCAUCUGCUGCUAUGAUCUCUUCUUCCGAAACCAGGGUCAGCAAUGUUUAGCCUUCAUUCUUGACUGAGGACUUUGUAAGUGUACACAGU